UGUGUUUAGUGGAUCAGAGGGAUCUGCAUUAGAACAGCUUGAAGGUGGCCCCUGUGCUGUUAUUGCACCUGUUCAGGCAUUUCUUUUGAAGAAGCUCCUGUUUUCUUCUGAGAAGUCGUCUUGGAGGGAUUGCCCAGGGAAGAGCGGAAGGAACUCCUUUGUCACACCUUAAGUGAUAUUUUAGAAAGUGCCUGUUGUGACAACUCGGGAUCAUACUGCUUGGUUACAUGGUUAAGAGGAAAGACAACUGAGGAAACUGCUGGUAUUUCCGGGAGUCCCGCAGAGUCUAGUUGCCAAGUGGAACAUUCCUCUGCCUUGGCUGUCGAAGAGCUUGGCUUUGAGCGAUUUCAUGCAUUAAUUCAAAAAAAGAUCAUUCGGAAGUUUAUCAGAAUUAAAAGAUGCUGUCUUGGCUCAGUAUCCAAUGUGGGGAAACAAAUUUGGAGUAUUGCUUUUUCUGUAUUCUGUGUUACUGACAAAGGGCAUUGAAAACAUAAAAAAUGAAAUUGAAGAUUCAACCGAACCUUUGAUAGAUUCUGUGUAUGGACAUGGCAGCCAAAGUUUAAUUAAUCUCCUACUGAUGGGACACGCUGUUUGUAAUGUAUGGGAUGGUGAUAGAGAGUGCUCGGGAAUGAAACUUCUUGGUAUACAUGAACAAGCAGCUGUAGGAUUCUUAACAUUAAUGGAAGCUUUAAGAUACUGUAAGGUUGGUUCUUACUUGAAAUCUCCAAAAUUCCCUAUUUGGAUUCUUGGCAGUGAAAUUCACCUCACCAUAUUUUUUGCCAAGGAUAUGGCUUUAGUUGCCCCUGAGGCUCCAUCAGAACAAGCCAGGAGAGUUUUCCAAACCUAUGAUCCAGAAGAUAAUGGAUUCAUACCCGAUUCACUUCUAGAAGAUGUGAUGAAAGCCUUGGAACUUGUUUCAGAUCCUGAAUAUAUAAAUCUCAUGAAGAAUAAAUUAGAUCCAUAAGGAUUAGGAAUCAUAUUAUUGGGUCCAUUUCUUCAAGAAUUUUUUCCUGACCAGGGCUCCAGUGGGCCAGAGUCUUUCACUGUCUACCGCUACAACGGAUUGAAGCAGUCAAACUAUAAUGAAAAGGUAAUAUAUGUGGAAGGGACUGCCAUUAUUAUGGGUUUUGAAGAUCCCAUGCUACAAACAGAUGACACCCCUAUUAAAUGCUGUCUCCAAACCAAAUGGCCAUACAUUGAAUUACUCUGGACCACAGAUCACUCUCCUUCACUAAACUGA